UCGUUCCGUUAGCGUCAUUUCUUUCUCAACAGCAACAAUCAGCACCUUCCCUCGAAAAUGAGCAAAACGGUCAUCACCACCGCCGUUUUGGUCCUACUCCUAUUCCUCAUCUCCCCCUCAACGGCGGAGAUCAAAUCCCUAACCAUAACCUCCGACACCCGACCCAUGAUCCUCUUCGAGAAAUUCGGGUUCACACACUCGGGCCACGUCAACAUCGCGGUCUCUGCCGUCUCGGUGGCUUCUGCGGCGGAACCCAAACUGUCACUGUUUGGGUUCUUCCUCCUGAACGAAGAAUCGCUCCUCCAAGUCCUGAUAGAGAUCCAGCAAAACCCUAGCUUCUGCGUUUUGGAUUCCCGCUACAUCACGCUGCUCUUCACGUUCAUCAAACUCUCUCCUCCGCCAUUGGCCUCCUUCAAUAACUCCUACACCGUCGCAACCCCCAACGAAUUCAGCCUCUUCUUCGCAAACUGCGCACCCGACAGCUCCGUCUCCAUGGCCGUCCACACCGAGCUCUUCAACCUCGAUUCCGACGGCUCCCCCGACUACCUCGCCGCCGGCCAGACUCAACUCCCUUCACUGUUCUUCCUCUUCUCCAUCGCCUACCUCGCUUUCUUCGCCUUCUGGCUCUUUAUCUGCCACUCCAACAAGCUAUCACUUCACCGGAUCCACCUCUUGAUGGCGGCGCUCCUCCUCAUGAAGGCUCUCAACCUCAUCUGCGCCGCCGAGGACAAGCACUACGUCAAGGUUACAGGCACCCCUCACGGUUGGGAUGUCCUCUUCUACAUUUUCCAGUUCAUUCGCAUCGUCUUGCUCUUCACCGUCAUCGUCUUGAUCGGCACCGGCUGGUCCUUCCUGAAACCGUUCCUUCAGGAGAGGGAGAAGAAGGUGCUCAUGAUUGUAAUCCCGCUUCAGGUUCUUGCGAAUCUCGCUUCCGUUGUGAUUGGCGAGACUGGACCCUUCAUCAAGGAUUGGGUUACAUGGAACCAGGUUUUCUUGCUCGUGGAUAUUGUAUGUUGCUGCGCUAUUAUUUUCCCCAUUGUUUGGUCCAUAAGGUCGCUCAGGGAAACCUCCAAGACCGAUGGAAAGGCUGCUAGGAACUUGGCCAAGUUGACGCUUUUCAGGCAGUUUUAUAUUGUUGUGAUUGGAUACUUGUAUUUCACGCGUAUUGUGGUCUUUGCCCUUAAAACUAUUGCUGCGUAUAAGUACCAGUGGGUCAGUAAUUUUGCAGAGGAGGCUGCUAGCCUUGCGUUUUACAUUGUCAUGUUCUACAUGUUUAGGCCUGUUGAGAAGAAUGAGUACUUUGUGUUGGAUGAUGAGGAAGAAGAGGCUGCUGAGAUGGCUCUCAGGGAAGAAGAAUUCGAGCUUUGAAAGCACUGUUUUGUUCGCAAUGCUGAUAAUGUGUUGUGCGGGAUUGAAAAAGUUUGAUCACGUUCUUACUCAAAUACUGCUUUCACUACAGGAGCUGUACGCUCAGUUACUACUGAGUUAUUUUGUUACUGAUAUUUUUUCUUUCGAUUUCCAUGUUUACACUCUGCUUGAUUGUAUGGUUAGAGUAAGCACUGUACAAUUCUCUGUUCAUAAUUCUUAUAUUUUUGUUUUCCUUUGACA